UCAAGACACACAACCACUUAUGACCACUUGAGAGUUGCUCAAGUGGUUAAGUCCUUUAUGUAGUUUGUGAAUAUAUAUUUUUUUAAUUUAAAUAUUUAUAUAUUAAAAUGGAUAGUUCUCUUUCUUUAUAUAGUAAAAAUUUAUUUCAAAUAAGUUUUGACUAAUUUAUGUGUUAUUUUCCUAAAUUUGUCAUUCUAUUCAUUCUAAUUAUAACACCAAUCAAGUCCACAAAUCACACCAAAAUUUAACUACACUUAUAUAUGGUAACUCUAAUUAAUUUCAGUCAAUUCGGUCGGUAAUUUAUAAUAUAAUAGACAAUAUAUGGCUUCUUCUUUAUUUUAAUAUGUUUUUGGAUUAUAAAAAUAGUGAAAAAUGAGACUUUUUUUCAAAGCUAGUCUUGAUAUCUUAAAACAAUAUUUAUUACAACAAAUGAAGGAAAGAACCUCAUUUUCAAAACAAAAGAAUUCUCUUUUGCCUCUUCUUUCUUCUCCCAUUUUCACAUUCAAUUUUCCAAACUCUGCCAUCACUAUCUGACCUCUAAAUAUCCAUCCAUUAACACCCAUGUCCACCAUUGUUGGACUAAACAACAAAAGACUCUUCCUUUAUAUGAACACCUCAUUGUUUGAGUAGCAAAGCUUGGUUCUUUUUAAUCUCACUCUCACCCCAGAAGAAGGGAAGUCCUGUUUUUCUGGUAACUAGUCUGAAAAUAGUAAUGAUUUUGAGUUUGUUCAACAACUGUUUGUGUAUUUUACUCUGAAGAAACUUUGGAGAAAGCAACAAAAAAGAGGAGAAAAUCUGGUAUUUUUAUUGUGUUGUUUUUGGCUCACAUGCAUUGUUUGACACCUUGAUGUAAAGUUUAAGCAUUCCCCAUAACUAUUGAGCGUCCUUUCACAUGCAUGUUGUCUCCUUAGAGUGGACUUUUUCUUUUUUCAUCACCAUUACCAUUUUCCAUCAAGCUCACUAGAACAAGAAGCACCUUCAUUUUUUCUUCAAACCCCAUUUCUUAAUCUUCACCCUCUCAACCCAAGAAGUCAUUUUUUUUUUCUUUCCCAGAACUCAAAAAUGGAAAAAAACACUCAUCUUUUCUUUUCAUUCUUGGUGGUGUUUUAUCUAAACAUGACUAGGAGUUUAGUCAACGGUUUGUCCCCUGAUGGAGAAGCUCUUCUGUCCCUUCUUUCUGCUGCUGACCCUUCUUCUAAAGAGUCCUCUUCUGUGUUGUCUUCAUGGAACCCAACAAGCCAAACUCCUUGUUCAUGGCAGGGAAUCACUUGUUCUCCACAGAACAGAGUCAUUUCUCUAUCUUUACCAAAUGUUUUCCUUAACCUUUCAUCUUUACCACCUCAGCUCUCUUCUCUCUCUUCUCUUCAGCUUCUAAACCUUUCAUCCACCAAUGUCUCUGGUACUAUCCCACCUUCAUUUGGUAAACUCACUUAUCUUCGCCUCCUUGACCUCUCAUCAAACUCUCUCUCUGGCUCCAUUCCUCCAGAGCUUGGAGCACUUUCUUCUCUCCAAUUCCUUUUCUUGAACUCCAACAGGUUGUCUGGUAAAAUACCUCAACAGCUUGCUAAUCUUACUUCUCUACAAAUUCUAUGUAUCCAAGAUAAUGUUAUAAAUGGUUCCAUACCAUCACAACUUGGUUCUUUGGUUUCUCUUCAACAGUUAAGGAUUGGUGGGAAUCCAUAUCUAACAGGAGAGAUUCCAUCACAGUUAGGAAUGCUCACUAAUCUCACUACAUUUGGUGCUGCUGCCACUGGACUUUCUGGUGUGAUACCACCUUCAUUUGGGAACUUGAUAAAUCUCCAAACUUUGGCUCUUUAUGAUACUGAGAUAUUUGGUUCAGUACCACCUGAACUUGGGUUGUGUUCUGAGCUUAGGAAUCUGUACUUGCACAUGAACAAGCUCACUGGUUCAAUCCCUCCUCAACUUGGUAAGUUGCAAAAGCUUACUAGCUUGCUUCUUUGGGGUAAUGCCUUAUCUGGAGCAAUCCCAGCUGAGAUUUCCAACUGUUCCUCACUUGUUAUUUUGGAUAUAUCUGCUAAUGAUCUUUCUGGAGAAAUUCCUGGUGACUUGGGGAAGCUACUUGUUCUGGAACAGCUUCAUCUUUCAGACAAUUCUCUCAGUGGAAGAAUCCCAUGGCAGCUGAGCAACUGUUCUAGCCUCACUACUCUUCAGCUUGAUAAGAAUCAAUUAUCAGGUACAAUUCCAUGGCAGGUUGGUGAGCUUAAAUUAUUGCAAAGUUUCUUCAUGUGGGGUAAUUCAAUAUCUGGAACUAUACCACCCUCCUUUGGAAACUGCACUGAACUCUAUGCACUUGAUCUUUCAAGGAACAAGCUUACUGGGUCAAUCCCAGAAGAGAUUUUCAGUUUGAAGAAGCUGAGCAAGCUUCUACUACUGGGAAAUUCAUUAACAGGUGGAUUACCUAAAAGUGUUGCAAAGUGUCAAUCUUUAGUGAGGUUAAGGCUUGGAGAAAACCAGCUUGCUGGUCAAAUUCCUAGGGAGAUUGGUCAAUUGCAGAAUCUUGUUUUCCUUGAUUUGUACAUGAAUCAUUUCUCUGGAGGCCUUCCUUCUGAGCUUGCCAACAUCACUGUUCUUGAACUAUUAGAUGUGCACAACAACUACAUAAGUGGAGAAAUUCCAUCAGAGCUUGGUGAGCUUGUCAAUUUAGAGCUUCUUGAUCUCAGUAAAAACAGCUUCACUGGCAACAUUCCUGGGAGUUUUGGGAACUUCAGCUACUUGAACAAGUUGAUUCUCAACAACAAUUUACUCACAGGUCCAAUACCGAAAUCUAUUCGCAACUUGCAGAAGCUAACUCUACUUGAUUUGAGCUACAAUAGCCUAUCUGGUCCAAUUCCACCUGAACUUGGUUUUGUGACAAGCUUGACAAUCAGUUUGGACUUGAGUUCAAAUGGGUUUACAGGAGAGAUACCAGAGAAGUUAGCCAGUUUGACUCAGUUACAAUCCCUUGAUCUUUCCCAUAAUAUGCUUAAUGGGAAAAUUGAGGUAUUGGGUUCUCUAACUAGUUUGACUUCUCUUAAUAUCUCUUACAACAAUUUUUCAGGUCCAAUCCCAGUUACACCAUUCUUCAGAACUAUAUCUGUCAAUUCAUAUCUUCAAAACUCUAAGCUUUGUGAGUCCACUGAUGGGAUUACUUGCUCUUCAAGUAUGAUGCGUCGAACUGGAUUGAAAUCUGCCAAAACUAUUGCUAUAAUCUCAGUGAUUUUGGCUUCAGUAACCAUAGCAGUUCUUGCUUCAUGGAUUCUGAUUACUAGAAACAAGUAUAUGGUUGAGAAAUCUUUAGGACCCUAUGCAACAUCAUCAGGAGCUGAAGAUUUCUCUUAUCCAUGGACUUUCAUCCCAUUUCAAAAGCUCAACUUCACCAUUGACAACAUCUUGGAUUGCUUGAAAGAAGAAAACAUAAUUGGUAAAGGUUGUUCAGGAGUAGUCUACAGAGCAGAUAUGCCUAGUGGUGAGUUAAUUGCAGUUAAGAAGCUGUGGAAGACAAAGCAAGAGGAAGAACCAAUAGAUUCAUUUGCAGCUGAAAUUCAGAUUCUUGGACACAUUAGACACCGAAACAUUGUGAAACUCGUUGGCUAUUGUUCGAAUAGAAGUGUCAAGCUUCUUCUCUACAACUACAUCUCAAAUGGUAACCUGCAACAGCUGCUGCAAGAAAACAGGAAUCUUGAUUGGGAAACUAGGUACAAGAUUGCAGUUGGAUCAGCUCAAGGUUUAGCCUAUCUUCACCAUGAUUGUGUCCCUGCAAUUCUUCAUAGAGAUGUUAAGUGCAAUAACAUACUAUUGGAUUCAAAGUUUGAAGCUUAUUUGGCUGAUUUCGGUCUUGCAAAACUGAUGAAUUCACCUACAUAUCACCAUGCUAUGUCAAGAGUAGCUGGCUCUUAUGGCUACAUUGCUCCAGAGUAUGGAUACACAAUGAACAUAACAGAGAAGAGUGAUGUGUACAGCUAUGGAGUUGUGUUGUUAGAGAUACUAAGUGGGAGAAGUGCUGUUGAGUCUCCAUCUCAGUUAGGAGACGGGCUACACAUCGUCGAAUGGGUGAAGAAGAAGAUGGGAAGCUUCGAACCAGCAGUGUCGAUUCUAGAAACAAAGCUCCAAGGUCUACCAGAUCAAAUGGUGCAAGAGAUGCUUCAAACACUAGGCAUUGCUAUGUUUUGUGUCAACUCUUCUCCUACAGAAAGACCAACUAUGAAGGAAGUUGUGGCAUUGUUAAUGGAAGUUAAGAGCCCACCUGAAGAAUGGGGAAAGACUUCACAACCACUAAUAAAGCAGUCCUCAAAUCAAACUUGAUUUUUUGUUUGUUUGUUUUUCCUUAGGCAACAUCAAUAUAAAACAAGAUUUUACCAAUUCUGGGACUUGUGGAGUUUGACUGAGUGGUCUUUGGUUAUUGUACAGUUUUGAAGUAUUAGUAGUGCAGUUGAUUUUCA